AAUUUCUUCCGAUUUUAGUGCACAUAGGCUCAUUUUGUUCGUUUUUCAAUAUUUAGUCAUGUUUCCAAAAAGAUCCCUAAUCAAUUAAUAUUUAGGGGUUGCUCAAUGGCCCCAAAGGUUUUUCAAUAUGCAUCAGCAUUGGGUUACCCGCGAGUCCGCGAUAAAAUUGUAACAACAGAAAAUAAUCUGUCCAUUUGACCAAUCUUUAUGAUAAGGUUACUGACUGUAAAGCACCAUUGCAUUUGCAUUACUUAUUUAUUUAGUGUUUUUAGAAUUUAGAUAUUCUAUGAUGAUGUCAUUGUCAAUGUAGCAAAUGAGAAUUAUUUCAGCAAACUUGUGAAUUUAUACAGAAUUUAUUUAAUACAUUGAUGUAAACUCUCAAUAAAGACUGUUGCUGAAAAUGGCUGCAAAGUCAAACGCUGUACCACUGACACGCACUCGAACUGCUGUUUGGCUGAUUGGUCAACCUGAAAAGGACCUACCGAGUAAUGUCCUUCCGACAACGGGCGAUGUUCUUCGUACAUUUUUCCAUUACCACAAAACAAUAAAACAGACAGUAUCUGCCAGUGCAAAGUCAACCUCAUCUGAUUUGGUAAAAAUUUGGAGCAAGGCACGGAUACCAAUGACCUAUCAACCACAUAUCGUGUCAAAGGUGAAGGUAUGCUUUGAUGAAUACAGUUUGAUCAAGAAGAAUAAAGGAAGAGAAAGUGAAUCACAGCUAGCUAGAGAAAAAGCAUUUAAAGACAAACUGAAUCUACUCUUUGAUAUUGCUCACAAAGAUACAGGUACAUUAAUCAAAAUCGAUGAAGACAAGCUGUUUUUGGAGGAUCAGCGGAAUGCUCGCAUGAUGAAGAUGAGUGGAGAAGAUGUAAGAUUAUCACAACAAGAAGAGCGAGCAGCACAGCGUCGACAGGCUGAAGCUGAAAGGAAACAGCGUGAGGAAGAAAGGAGAGAUGCAAGUGCCAGAAGCAGCCAUCACAAUCAUGGUCUUGAAAGCGACAGUGACGGAGCAGAAGAGGAGGAUAUUGAAGAUGAUGAUUACGAAAUAGAGAUACCAGUAUAUCACAAGAAGCAGCUAUGUGAGGUAGUGGAUGCUGGACAUGAAUGGACUACAGUUAACAAAAGACCACGCAUUUUGGAGAACAUUCUGUCGUCACCAGAUGUUUCAUCAACACUUGAUCGCAUAAAUUUAUCUGACCAGAAGUUUACAAUUUUGGCAGCAGCAAUUGCUAAAGCCAGUGGACAGGACCUACAAAGCACGCCAUUGUCAAGAUCAACAGUACGUCGCAAACGUAUUGAACACCGAUCUUCAACAGAAAAUUGUAUUCGGCAGGAGUUUCUCUCCAGUGAAAAACCGCCUCUGGUGGUCCACUGGGACGGUAAAAUCAUGCGAGACAGCACGAACUUAGAGGAUCCAAAGUCCAAUGUUGACAGAAUUGGUGUUAGUGUGACUGGUGUAGAUUUGGAGAAAAUCUUGGGAAUUGUCAAGCUUCCAGCGGGCACUGGGGUAGCACAAGCCAAGGCAACAUUCCAGUUGGCCAAAAUAUGGGAUGUUGAUAGUGAAAUCGUUGGCAUGUGCUUUGACACCACAGCUUCGAAUACGGGCUCCAAAAAUGGUGCAUGUGUCUUGCUGGAACAACUAAUUGGGAGAAACCUUCUAUACUUAGCUUGUCGACACCACGUGCAUGAAGUGAUUAUUGGUGAAGUGUUCACAGUUUUGCUUGGCCCAAGCCGUGGCCCCAAACAUUGCUCUAUUUGAACGUUU